AUGAAGUUCACGUGUUUCAUUACGGUGUGCGCAUGUCUGUCAUCAACAGUAUCUACUAUUGACGAAGUCACAUUUUUAAAUAGGAUAAAGAAGACUGCAAGGCCACGAGAUGAAUUGAUCACUAAAGAUGCCACGGCGAGAAGAGAGAUAAUCCCCAUCCCCCAGAUCUAUCCCAUAUUUCCCACGUUGCAACAGAAGUUUCAACCGCAGAUACGAAUCGAGAGGCCCAAGAGGAAUUACUUUCACCCUGGACCUCAACUACAGCCACAAAAACAGCCACAAAAACAAUCACAGCCACAACCACAACAACAAUCACAGCCCCAACAACAACGACAACAACAACCUCAACAACAGCAUCGCUACAACCGCGAUCGCUCGAAAUACCCGCUCGAGAUUCCAGCGAAACGCGUGAAGACCCGCUCGAUCAUCGGCACCUCGACGGUAGAAUUGAGCGACAAUCAGCUGGACGCGAUUCCGGAGGCGAUUCCGGACGAGAAGCCGAUCCGCAUCGAGCCGGUGCUCCGCGUCACCAAGAAGAAGAAUGUCCUCGACUCCAUCCUCGAGAUUCUGCGCCAAUUGCUAGACCCGCCGAAGAACGAGAAGGGCCCGCUGGUGCCCAUCAAGAUGCCCGGGUCCACCCGCAAGAUCUACUUGCGCUUGAUAGAGCCGCUGGACUCGAGCCAGGUGGUGGUGCGCUUCGUCACGCAAUUACCGGUUCCGGUGAUCGAUGUGGAGAAGCAGUACGAUCCCUACGUCCCGAUACCCUCCGUCAUCGAUCCUGUAGGCAUGCUUAUGAACCACGCUCAUCACAGUUCAUUACACCCAAUAUUGUCGAACGACGCGUUGCUGGCCUCCUCUUCCUCCAAUCGCCAUCAAGCGGUUCAUCCAACGUCAGCCAACGUCAGCCACGUCAAAGGGUCGCAGUCGGUGGUGAAACCGGUGGUUGAGAACUUGUCGGAGAGUCCCUCCAAGGUCAACGGGAACGUGGUCCCGCCCCCGAUAGUUUCCAAUAAUGCGGAGAGCAACAGGAAUCAAUUCCCAGACACGCAAGUAAACGUACAAAAUCACGAGCAGCAAUUACUCAGUCAAUCAGCGGCCUCGUACUAUCAGUACCAACAAGCGGCGGAGGAGGAGGUCAUGAAUAAAGUGAAGGAGCUGUUUCAUUCGGAGAACACGACGGCGAUCGAGGGUGGCACCAAGAAUCCCUCGUUAGAACCUUGGUACCAGUUAAGCACGCAUCGUCUACCUCUUCGGCAAGUCGCUCCAUUGUAUCCGCACUCGGUGGAACACCAAGGUUCCAGUUCCGACACUUAUGCAAACACUUACAAACCACCAAGUGAGGUUCUCCCCGGUUCCAACUCGUACUCCACCUCUUACGAACAGUACAAUGCUGCUAACUUAGCACCCGAAGUCUACCCGAGUUCUUACAACGUCCCAAGUUCCUACCCGACGUCCUAUAAGCAAAACGAGGUGAACAGUGCUCCGAGUUCCUAUUCGGUGCCUUAUCAGAAUCCGAACGAGUUCGUUCCGAGUCCCUACUCGGUCCCUUAUCCAGCUCCCAAGUAUAACAACGAAGCUGCAGGUUCCUACGCGACUUCCUACGAAAAGCAGAACGAUCCCUUUGGCGCUCCGAGUGUCUACUCGAGCUCCUACGAGAAACCGGCUAGCGUUCCACCUUUGUCGACCUCCUAUGAGAAACCCGCUAGCGUUCCAUCUUCGUCGACGUUCUACGAGAAGCAAAUCGGCGUGAGUUCCAACGACGCGCUUCGAGUUAUAGAUCCGCCGCCCUUCUUCACCGAUUAUCGAACGGAGAACCGAUCGUUCCGUCAUUCGGCGCCCGCGGUUCGAGAACCGCGUUUCAACGACAACCCGAUCGACCUGUCCAUCGAGUCGCCGUCCCACGUGGUUUACGGUAAGUCGAAGCGGGAGAAGAGCGAAGCCGGUUUCCAGAAGAGUCUGGAGAUCGACGACAAGAGAUGGCAACCGGUUGUGUUCGCGCCCGAGAACUCGGACUGGCAGGAAGUUUACGAGGCCGCGUUGGCGAAGGCUGUCACGACGGAACGACAGCUGCCCCUGGAAGAAGAUCGACCCACCAGAAAGCCCUCGCGAAAAAGUGCCGAUCAGGCACGUCGAAAUAGUAAACAUCGCCCGAUCGCUCGAGAUCCAAGAUGUUUCUCGACCUGGGGAGAAGAUGUGGAUUGCGAGCUAGCGAAGUCUGUGAUCACGUCGACGCCUCGUUCCGAGAGCACCGUAAGGAUCAUCGAAAAACAGGCGCAAGCUGUCAAGGAGGACUCGAUACCGAUCGAGAGAUCAACUACGAGUGCCACGAUCGAGACUUCGAAUCCUUCCACGAUCACUGUCAUCUCGAAGAGUCCAAGCUCGACGGAGAGACCGGCGACGUCGGUGACGAGUCCUAGGAGUCCCAAAUCAACAGAAGCAGCCCCGUUGUUGAUCAAAAUCAACGAUGACAGCGUGACGACGGAGAAACAACCUCUGUUGAUUAAAGCUCUCGAAAGCUCCUUCCCGAAUAUUAAGGCGGAUAAAUUAAUCGCGACCGAGACGAGCGUGAUUAAUGUCACUCCAAGAUCAAUGACGAGCAAUACGACGGAGAAAUCAUUGAAAUCGAGCACUACGACCGAGAGAUCAUCGAAGAACACCACGAGGGUGUCCCUGACGAGCAAUAAAGCGAGAAAACCGGAUUUACCUAAGAGGCCUAUGGUAAUGAAGAAAUCGACGGUCAUAGUGAAGAAACCGGAAGUGAGUAGUACUACGAAGAGGCCGGUGACGACGCAGAAGCCGAAGACGACGACGAUUGUUAGCAAUGCGACCAAGAAAACGACGACGAUUGUUAGCAAUGCGACCAAGAAAACGACGACGGUCGCAAGAAAGUCCAAAAUUCCGAGAGGUACUUCGAAAGCAAAGUCGAGCACCACUUGAAGCUUUUAGUUUUAUUAAUUAAUAGCGUGAUUCUUUAGGCACGAUGAGUUUACCCAUUUGUCAU